UUGUUCAUCGAAUGUUAAACAAGGAUGAGACGAUACACGGAAUCACGGAUGAUGUUUUCGAACGUACCCUUACGGGCGGCAAGCAUCGAUCCAUUUGUUUACUGAGGUCGUCUGCUAGUCUCGACGUUUCAUGACGUGUUCCCUAAAAGUUUGCAAAUUAUGCUCUAAGAAACGCUCGCGUUUAUGUGAUUGCUGCGGAUGAAAACGAAUCCGCGAUGCCGGGGACCGAAGACAGCACAACAGAACUGGGAGAGAUAGAGAAUGUCAGGGUAGUGGUGCGAGUUCGACCAUUGAACAGCAAGGAGUUUGACUCCCAUUGCAAGAACAUAAUAGAAGUGGAUGCCUUGAAUGCUGAGAUCACCAUAGAGAAUCCAAAUGCAGCUCAAGGAGAGCCACCGAAAGUUUUCUCCUUUGAUGCAGUGUUUGAUACAGAUUCAACCCAAGUGGACAUCUAUAACGAGACUGCUAGGCCUAUAGUAGACAAGGUGCUACAAGGCUACAAUGGAACGAUUUUUGCAUAUGGCCAGACAGGUACUGGUAAAACUUAUACCAUGUCCGGUGCUAAAACUUCUCCACAAGCCAGAGGAAUUAUUCCAAAUACAUUUGCUCACAUCUUCGGUCAUAUAGCCAAAGCUGAUGAAAAUCAAAAAUUUCUCGUGCGUGCGACAUACUUGGAGAUCUACAACGAGGAAGUUCGAGAUCUGUUAGGUAAAGAUCAGAAUACUCGAUUGGAGGUGAAAGAAAGACCAGACAUCGGAGUGUUCGUGAAGGAUUUGAGCGGAUAUGUGGUGAAUAAUGCCGACGAUUUGGAUCGCAUUAUGUCUCUCGGCAAUAAAAAUCGUGUUGUUGGGGCUACUGCUAUGAAUGUGUCCAGCUCUCGAUCCCACGCGAUAUUUACAAUUACAGUCGAAUCUAGUCAAAUCGGUGAAGAUGGGGAGCAACAUGUGAAAAUGGGAAAGCUUCAUUUGGUGGAUUUAGCCGGAUCGGAGAGACAAAGUAAGACAAAGGCGACGGGCCAACGUCUUCGUGAAGCCACUAAAAUUAACUUGUCAUUGUCUACAUUGGGGAAUGUAAUAUCUGCGCUAGUUGAUGGACAAAGCUCUCACGUGCCUUACAGAAAUUCCAAAUUGACUAGAUUGCUUCAGGACUCAUUAGGUGGAAAUUCGAAAACGUUGAUGUGUGCAAACAUUAGUCCAGCAGACAUAAACUACGACGAGACUAUAAGCACUUUACGCUACGCGAAUCGCGCGAAGAAUAUUAAAAAUCACGCGAGGAUCAAUGAGGACCCGAAAGAUGCUUUGCUUCGUCAAUUCCAAGUUGAGAUUGAACAAUUACGUAAACAAUUGGAGGAGAAUGGCGCGGAGCUCUCAGAAUCCGAGGACGAAUCUGAAGAUUCGCAAGAAUCGAGAGAAACUAAACGAGAUAAAAAAGCUCGACGAAGGAGCCAAAUGUUGUCGGUGGAGGAAUUGGAGGACGGAGAUACAGAUUCGACAGAAAAAGUUGAUAAAGCUGAAAGGGAUGAUAAGAGUCCAGUGGAUAAAGAUGUUAUUGAGUUGAAGAAGACGCAGAGCGAGAAGGAAGCACUGCGAGAAAAGAUGCAGAAUUUGCAGAACAAGAUACUAGUGGGCGGCGAAAAUCUAUUAGAGAAGGCAGAGGCUCAGGAGCAAUUGUUAGCUGCGGCAGCGAUCGAACUUGAACAACGAAAGAGCAGAGAAGAACAAUUGAAAAAGGCCAUUAAGGCGAAAGAGGCGGAACGUAUCGAUAUCGAGGAGAAAUACUCAUCUCUGCAGGAAGAAGCGGCCGGGAAAACAAAAAAAUUGGCACGCGUAUAUACGAUGCUCAUGUCCGUGAAGGCGGAAUUAUCCGAUUUGCAACAAGAACAUCAAAGGGAGAUGGAGGGUCUUUUAGAGGGUGUACGAGGAAUCGGUAGAGAAUUGCAAUUGCAAAAUCUAAUAGUGAAUCAUUAUAUCCCCGUUCAAUAUCAGACCAUGAUCAAGAGAUAUGUUCAUUGGAAUGAAGAUAUUGGCGAAUGGCAGCUAAAAUGCGUGGCGUAUACAGGAAAUAAUAUGCGCAAAGCACAGACUGUAUCGUCGGCAGGAAAUACUAAAGACACAGUGCCACCGGACAUGUCGAACAUAUAUCUCUCUUACAAUACCGGAAUAGAUAAUACGUUUGUGCAACCAAAGAAAGUGCGAAGUCGUUCCGGCGUUCCUAGACCAACUACCGCCCAUCGACGUACACCACACUAAACACGAAGUGGAAUCCGAUUGUGGAAUCACAAAGGUUAUCAUUUCUCACAUUUUUGUAGAUCUAUUUUUGGAAACUCGCGCGUCCAUGUUCGCUUAUGCAGAUAUGCAUGUAAUAUUUGCAAUUUUAUUCGUAUCAGUGGUUUAAUAUGAUUUGAUAACAUAAUUGUUCUUGUUUUUAUGAUAUUCAAUAUUAUUUUUAAGAUCUUGAGAUUUUCUUUAUU